CGUUCAAGCGAUUUGGCGUGAUUUUUGUUUCGGCGCUUCUACUAGCAGUUAGUAGUAGAGAAGAACGGAUCUUAGCUCAGAGCAUCAUUGAGCAUUGGUGAUUGGAAGGUGAAAGAGCUUUCAUUCGAGCAUUUUUUUUUUGUUAGUCGGCGUACCGGUGUUUGGUGUAUAAAACAAAGAACUUGCAGUACGAGAAUAAUCACUCGAAAUUUGAUAACUUAGUGAGCAUAAUAGCAGAGUGAUAGCAAGGAAUAAUGGCCAACCCAUCGAUACCAUGGCCAGCUCUAGUAUUAGUCCUAAUUGCCACCCUGUGCCAUUCCAUUUACGGCGAGACAUAUGAGUGCAGUUUGGAGCCGUACGGUCAUGAACAGUCCACCUUCUGUGUGUUCCGCGGCGUCCAAUACCCACGCAACUCCUCGGGAUCAACGGAAUUCAAAGCUCCCCCGGGCAAACAUACUCGGGUGGUUUUCGAAGACUCGGAAAUGAUGGAUCUUCCUAGGGAGUUUCUGGAGAAGUUCGGCCAAGAUUUGAAGGUGCUGAAUGUUGGUGGCUGCAAGUUAAGGUCGGUGGUGAUAACUCCGGCUUUGGAGGAGCUUUAUGCCAUUGAUAAUUACAUCGAGAAGAUUAUCGUGCAUCAAGCUGGUUCCAGUUCUCCUUUGAGAGAGAUCCAUUUGCAGUCGAAUCGACUCAGGGAUAUCAGCAACGUUACCAAGAGUUGUAAGAACGUACGAAUCGUGGAUUUGAGUCGGAACCAGCAGCUGGCCGCCGAUAAUGAAAUCGACCUGUUUAUGUUCGACGGUUUCGAACAGUUGGAGUAUUUGCUGAUGGCCGAUGUUGGAGCCCUGUAUCUGAAGACUGAAAAAGUUCCCAAAAUGCCUGCGCUAACUCUGUUAGACUUUUCCAUGAACAAUCUACUGGCUAGCGAUUUGAAGGUUGACUAUUUCCAAAACUUUGAACGUUUGUCGGUGCUUCGAUUGAACGAUAACGGAUUCAGCGAAAUCGAAUACCAGGAUUUUGUUGAUGUUAAAAGUUUAAAGCAGGUCUACCUGGAGGGCAAUCUGUUCGAGUGCGGAUACCUGUUGAAGAUGAAAAAGUUUUUGGAAACCGAAAACAAUAUCACACUUCCGGUGGCUCGCCCUGCCGGAAACUGUGCUAUCGGAUAUCGGGUCGAAGCUGGAAUGUGCUGUAAAAAUGAGGAACUGUUGGUCGCUGGAAUGCCCACGAAGGCCGGUGGACCUCCGAUGAGCGUCCCGGCAACGGUGACAACUCCGAGAAAUACCUUCGCCGGUACACCCUCAGGUGAUAAUUUGAGAACGGGUAAAGAUUCAUCGCGGGAUGUAAUGCAUGAAGCUGGUUCCAGCAAUGGGAUUAUGGUUAACAAUAAGUCGGAUUCCAAAUCCAAUGGUGCAAGGAUAAAUCGGUGGACCGUUGGGUUAAGUUCAGUUAUGAUUGUGAGCUUGCUGCUGCUAAAUCCAUAAAUUGCUUGAUAAGAGUAUUUUUUUUUAGAAGGUCUCAAUUUAGUCAACUGUAAUCGGAGAUUUCGCACUGAAUUUUAGAAAUGAUUUCCUUUAAUACUCAGAAUACUUUUAUAUCUGUUUUUGUUUUUAAUUUUUUUAUUUAUAUGUGUAGAAUCAUACAAAACAUUUUAAUGUGCAGUUUAUUUAAAGUGAGUGUAGAUUUGGAAAUGCUUUUGGAAGAAAUGGGCUACUUUGUAUACAUUUGAGUAGCUUUAAAUGAGCAGAAAUUUGAGUUCAGUCGAAAAACUGGAAGUAUGAAAGACAGAAAAAUUCCCAAACUAACGAUUUAGUACCAAACUGACCUUUUGGUAGUAUUAUGGCAACAAUUUCUCGUCCUCCAUCGGCUCAGGCAGUAUACUGGUUAAGAUGUCGGAUUGGCAAGAUGAUAUAAAACGGUAUUGUGAGUUCGAUUCUCACAUCCCGGUGGCACUUUUUUUUUGUCUGGGAUGAAAUAUCCAAUAGGAUUUAAAUCCCGCUUGUCCUGAUAAAUCUGGACUUCCUGAUUUUCGAGAAAGUGUGCUGAUUUUGUAAAUUGUUCUGAAUUGCCCUGAUUUAAAAAAAAAGGUAUUUAAAAUGAAUUAUCCUAAUUUUCAAAAAAAAAAAUAUCGAAACUGUGGAUAAUUGAAUUUAUAGUGAAAUCAUUAGGAUAUUGAACAAAUCUGUAAUAAAAUAGUUUAACCGGUAAAAAUCUUCGGUUCAGAUGAAAUUUAAAAGGUGAUUUUUUCAUAUAAACUGCAAGCCAGGCAGUAUACUUCUGAACUCUGUUGCAUAAAUUAUUGCGUCUAAAAUACUAUUAAGGUGUCCUGAAAAAUCCUGAUUUUUUGUUCAUGAUGUCCUGAUUUUUGAAAAAAUCACCUGGCAUCACCUGGUGUCGAUUGGAAUUUUCGUUCAUCUUGUCAGUGUCAUUCCAAUCGAGCAAAAGAUGUGUCUUAAAUAUUCGUUUGUUUAUACACACUUUAUCUUUUUUCCUGUGGUCGGAAUGAUUUCGUCCUGUGUUUUCAACAGCUGAAAAUUACAGGACGAUCUCAAAACAGAAAAACACUACAGGAAAACAAAUGUCAAAAUCACCUGUAGAUUCGAAACAGUUUUCUCCUGGGGAGUACAGGAACGUUUAUCAUCAUAAUUUAUCAAAUUAAAAGCACAUUUAUUAAUAAGAUAAAUAGUGUUUUACUUAGAAUUUAUUGCUGGUCAGGAUGUUUGUGUUUAUUAGCCCAAUGUUUUGCCUGAAAAAGAGAUUGAGAUUCCAUUUUGCAGUUCGUUAUGCAUCAUUUACACAAAAUUUCCUGCUUCAGCACUGUGUGGGUUAUACAGAACACUACUAAUACCCUGUGCAUAUAUGAGCACCCUUUCCCUCUAACUCGCUAUUCGUGGUUAUGCAUCACUAUUACAACAGACCUCAUUUGUGGCCACCCGGUCAGCAGUCAGCUGAAUAUCAGCUUGGCAUUAUGGGGUUUCCACAAUGGCGAUCCUUCCAGGAGCCAAAUUUUUGGGCCAACUAUUGAGUUAAAAAAAAAUUGUUUAUAGACAAUGGUUAUUCCAAAUUCAAUCCUAAUACAUAAUUUAAUAUUACAAAAUUGUAUACGAAGCGAAACUAUUUGGUUGCAAGUAAAGCGAACUCAAAUAGUUGCGCAUGAAGCGAGCCUUAUCGGCUGCGCAUGUAGCGAGCAUAAGUAGCUGCGCGUUUAGCGAACCUUAUUGGUUGCGCAUGGAGCGAGCCUGAUUGGCUGCGCAUGAAGCGAGCCUGAAUGGCUGCGCAUGAAUGGCUGCGCAUGAAUGGCUGCGCAUGGAGCGAGCCUUAAUGGCUGCGCAUGUAGCGAGCAUAAGUAGCUGCGCGUUUAGCGAACCUCAGUGGUUGCGCAUGAAGCGAGCCUGAAUGGCUGCGUUCUAAGCAAGUCUGAAUGGCUGCGCAUGUAGCGAGCUUGAGAAGCUGCGCGUUAAGCGAACCCGAGUGGUUGCGCAAUGAGCGAGCACAAGUAGCUGCGCGUUGAGCGAACCUCAUUGGUUGCGCAUAAAGCGAGCCUGAAUAGCUGCGCAUGUAGCGAGCUAGACUAGCUGACUAGCUUGACUAGCAUGAAGCGAACCCGAGUUGUUUCGCAUUAAGUGAGCUUGAGUAGCCGUGCGUUAAGCGAACCCCAGCGGCUGCGCUGCGCAUGAAGCAAGCCUGAAUGGCUGCGCAUGUGGCGAGCUGCAGUAGUUGCGCGUUGAGCAAACCCAAGUUGUUGGGCAUUUAGCACGCUUAAAUGGUUUAUCAAGCCCGAGCGGUUGUGCAUUGAGCGAGCCUGAGAGGUCGUGGAGUGCCGAGAGUGUUUGUGCGUUAAGUGAUCAGUGACGAUUUAGCUUAAAUUGAUAAGCGCGUUGAAGUGGCUGUGCAACAAAUCAGCGAAGUAGAGAUAGAGAUGCUGCGUAACAAGCUAGCUUGAAUGACUGCGCUAGACCGAAAUUGAGCUACGUGAUGCUGCGUUUUUGCACAAUAAGCGAGUCUUGAAAAAAGGAGGUGACGCGAAUCUGAACGUCAAAAUCUGCAAUAUAAAAGAACUGCAACUGGUUGUUCAACAUGCUUAUACCAAAUACUCGGUUGAAUGUGGUCGAAAAAAAAAAAAAUCCUUGGGAAGAAUGACCGUUGUGUUAAAUUCCCGGAAAAAAAAACAAAAAAAAAAGCAUUGAAAUUCCAGCUGUGGUCCCUCUGGAUUUUCGGACUGUUGCAAUAAAAACCCGGAACCCCGCCGACAGCAGCAACCUAAUAAAAAAAAACAUAAAUUAAAAAUCGGAAAAAUUUUACACUUUUUGAUCGACUCUUACUUGUACGCAUCCAGUAUCGAUUUGACUAUCAUUUUGUCGUUAACUUAGCCACCAAAAGAACUGCCAACAUCGAAUUUCCGGAACGGCACUGAAUCACGUCGGUUUGGUUUUUUUGUCUCUACCGGCAGCGGCUGCUGUCUAGAAACAAGGCGGCUAGAAAACCUUCAUUUUACUUAAAUCAAGCAAAAUGAACUUUUUUAUUGCUAAAAUCAAGUAAAUUUAGCCUUCUGCUAACUCAACAGUAAAAAAAAUAUUUUUGCUAACGGAAAGUAACAGCGAAAUUUUGCUAAGUGGAGCCCCGAAAGUUUUGUGUGUAGAGACAAUACAAAUUUUUGCUGGAAACCAGCAAAUAUGAUUUGUUUUGCUGGUUUUUCCCAACAAUCGAUCCAUAUUGCUGAAAAUCAGCAAUCGAUUUGUUAGAUUCUGACUUGUUCAUAUUUUAAGGGAAAAUUCAAUGAGUGGAAAGUAAAUUCCUCAAGUUCGGCGAAAAGUUCGGUAAGUAGAUGCUUUCGAUGCUUACACACAAAACUUUCGAGGCCGAAAUUUAGCAAAAUUUUGCUCAAAUUUGACCAGCUAGAAAUUUAGCAAUCAAUUUAGCAAUUUUUUUCUGCUCAAAUUUUAGCAAAUUAGAGAAAAAUAAGCCGCCGGCAUGUUUUACUAAAAUUUUAGCAAAAACCAGUGAAAAAAAUCCCGCGGGAUCUGAAAUUACAAUUUUUUAUGUUUUUAUCUGCAAAUUUAGAGGGAAUAUUCGAUUAUUUAAAAGAAUGCACGGAUAACAUCACUUUGAAUUUAUUUAAAUUUUUCAAAACACUUUUCACUAACACUUUUCAUAAAAUGUUUGGAUCCUGGAAACGCACCUUCCGGCUAAUGAAACCCCAAGCGACCGAUCGUCAUUCAUGCAUCGAUGAUUGUGCCUGAUGCAGUUCGUUGAAACUCCAGUUGUCCACUUCCGAACUGUUGUAAAAAACCCGUCAAUCUUGUCGGAAAUUGUAACCUGGUUGAAAAAAAAAACAAACAAUUUUACAGUUCGAAUAUCGGAAAAUCUGUACACCACUUGAUCGGCCCUUACCUGUACGCAUCCGGAAUUGAUCUGGCUAUCAUUUUGCCACCGCAAGGACCACCAGCUUCGCGCUUUCAGAACCGCACUUUAUCGCGUCAGUUUGUUAUUUUCCCCCAACUGGCGGCGGCUGCUGUCUAUACACACAAAACUUUCGGGGCUCCACUUAGCAAAAAUUCGCUGUUACUUUCCGUUAGCAAAAAUAUUUUUUUACUUUCGAGUUAGCAAAAAGCAAAAUUUACUUAAUUUCAGUAAUAAGAAAUUUAAAAAUGCUUGAUUCUAGUAAAAGUAAGGUUUUCUAGCCGCUUUGUUUAUAGACAGCAUAGCCGCCGCCAGUUGGGAGAAAAACAACAUCGAAGUGAUUCAGUGCGGUUCUGAUAAUUCGAUGUUUGCGGUUCGUUUAGUGGCUAGUUCAACGUAAAAAUGGUUGUCAAAUAGACACCGGAUGCGUACAGGUAAGGGCCGAUCUUGAAGUGCACCGAUUUUCCGAUUAUAAAAAUUUUAAAUUGUUUGUUUUUCCUACCAGGUUGCAACUGCCGGCAAAUACGACGGGUUUUUUUUUCAACAGUUCGAAAAUAAAGAGGGACCAUAACUGGCAUGUCAACGCGCUGCAUCCGGCACAACCCAGGUCGGCCCUUGGCAUUUCGCUCGCCGGAAGGUGCGUUCCCAGGAACGGAACAAAUUACUUUCAAUUCAACGAAAAGUGGUAAAUAAAUUUCCAAAAAAAAUGUGAAAAAUAAAUUAAAAGUGAAGUUAUUCGUGUAUUCUAUUUAAUGAUCAAGUAUUCCCUUCGAAUUAGCAGAGAGAACACAAUAAAUUUUGAAAUUUCAGAUGCGGGGCUCUUUUCUACCGGUUUUUGCUAAAAAAGUGAGCAGAAGUUGCGGCGGCUAAAUUUUUCUUUCGUUUGCUAAAAUUUUAGUUCGAAAAAUUUGCUAAAUUGAUUGCUAAGUUUCUAGCUGGUCAAAUUUGAGCAAAAUUUUGCUAAUUUCCGGCCUCGAAAAUUUUGUGUGUAAACAAAGCGGCUAGAAAACCUUCGUUUUACUAAUAUCAAGUAAAAUUGCCUUUUUAAUUACUGAAAAGAAGCAAAAUUUGCUUUUUGCUAUCACAUUAGUAGAAUAAUCCUUUUUGCUAAUCGAAAGUAACAGCAAAAUUUUGCUAAGUGGAGCCUCGAAAGUUUUGUGGGUAAGCUUUUGAUUAACAAUCAACCUAACAAUUUGUUUUGAUUUUACAAAGGGGUUAAUCAGUUCGUAAUCAUGACUGGAGGAUAAUCGGACGCAGCUGCUUAUGGGCCGCGUCAACAUCCAGGGCUGAAAUUUCUAGCCGCGCCGAAUCGCUUAAAUUUUGCUUUGUAAUCAUGCUUUGUAAUAAAUAAAAAAAAUCGGUUUUGUAUUUUGAAUACGGCGAAUGUGCCAACAUCACUGUUUCGAGAGAAAUGCGUUCAAAGUUUGACUGCUCCAUAAGCAUAUUUUGUUUUCUUUAUUUUUCGAAACUAAAACAUCCUUCAGAUACCUAUGUACAAUCAAAACAUUGGUCUUUGAACGUACUUUUCCAUCCUACUAUUAACUAGGUUUGUUUACAUUUGGCGCAUUCGCCCUUUUCAAAAUUCUCUAUCGAAAUUAUUUUGAAAAGAAUCAUGCAAAAAUUAUUUAUUUUGGGAAAUAAAAUUCGUAUAGCAGAACAAAUCAAAAUCUAUUAAAAUCGAACAUUUGUAGGUAUCCUUGAAAGCCUUUUUCAAUUGCUAAUUUUCCAGCAAUUGAGUUUGCUCAUCUUUCCAGCAAUCAAUAUAGCUGGAAAUUUUGCUGAAAACCCAGCGGGACAAAAACCAGCAAAAAUAAUUCUGUGAAGAUAUUGGUGAGUUUCGCCCUUUAUCGAUUUCAACGCUAGUUACGCCUGGAAGUUUCGUUCAAUUAUUGAAAAGACGUAGUUUCAUAUUCCAACGAAAAUGCAUCAACAGGUAGUUUGAACCAUUUGAAUUUUAUUUAAGCGAGUUUUAAUUGAUUUUAAGAUGAAACCGCGUUGAUUCAGUUAAUUGCAACCAACUACAUCCAGAAUAACCGUUAACUCAAUUUAUUUACAUCAGGCAGAUGAAAUGUUUGCUAGAAAUUUGGAACGAAAGCAAGCAUGCCCGGUGUUGAGGACUCUGGGCACUUUGAAAAAAAAUCUGUGUAUUGGUCAUCUGGAAGAAGGGUCAAAAGUCUGUGUUUUUCAGACAAACCUGGGCACCUGGCAACCCAGAACGAAAGUGACAGUGUUGCUGGCAUCUGACAGAUCUGAUCGCAGGGCUGCUAUACAUGUUAUUUUUGAAAUGGAUCAGAUGGCGCCUCUUUCUGUUUACUUUAGUCUCUUUAAUUCAGACUAAAGUUUUCUACCUGAAGAAUUUGAUGCAGUCAGUACGAGUGAAAUUUUGCGAGUCCCGUCAAAGCAGGCCUGAGCUUUCCGUUGAACCGUUUUUGUUUGUAUUUUGCACAUUUAAUUGUAAUCAAAUCCAAGGUGGCUAACGAAAUUUCUCUUAUCCAACUCUCAGGUUGAAUAUUUCUCGAUAAACGUAAUGAAUUACGUCGUAGGACUCAAUACGUAGUUAUAGAAUAUGUAUGUUGUCCAGGCUACAAAUAUUCCGAAUUGAAAAAAGUUGCGACUAUUAUGUAUGUUUUUUUUUUUUUUUUUUUGCAAUCAAACUGUUUGUUUACCUUUUGUUUCGUUUUUAAAAGGCCUUUGGCAAAGAAUGGGGAAUGAAUUUUGUUUUUUGGGUUCAUGUCAUCAGGCGAUUAGCUUCAUGAAAACAUCAACAAGACUCAUUGGUAAGGUUGUCAAGAUCGCAGUAAAAUCUAUAAUUUCACUGAAAGUUGUUCAAAAUUUCGCCACAAAAUCUGUGCCAUAGUUUUUUUUUAAUUUUUCAUAGGAUCCACAGAAAUUGUAAACUUGAUGAUCUUGUGAACUUUCUCGAAGCAAAAAAUCCUGAUGUCACUUUCGACGCUUACUUUCUGAUCACAAUUCAUGAGCAUAUGAUGAUAAUAGUAAUAUAAUUGAUUAUUUCUCAAUAAAAUUAUAAAAAUGACCCAAUUUGUUAAUGUAUAAUAUGAUUGUUCGAAAAAAUUGAUAAAAUCAGACACUCAGAAUUAUAAUAAACCGGCAUAUAAUUUGGAGUCGAAUCACAGAAUAUCUGAUUUUUUCCAUUGGUUGUCAGGUUUUAAUGCCGUAUUCAACACGAGUUGGAUAUGUGGAUUUAAAAUCUUGAGAUUAAAUUCUAUCAACAACUGUCAAGAAUCUUAUGCCUAAAACACGAUGCAAAAUACAAUAUGCCUACCAAGUUUACCAUCUCCUCCAUCUUUAUUUUUAUCCAAUGGUAAAAUGUUUUUCAAUAAUUUUUUGAGCAGAUUUGUGAUAUUUUCUGACAUAUUCUUAAUGUCCGAAUAUUAAAACCACAAGUUGAAAUUUCAGCUCUCAAUCAAUCUUUUGUGCUUUUGUUUUUCAAAUGCGUUUCAACCAUAAACUUUUUUUUUUAAUUCAGUGCGACUUCUCUCGACAGUGCCCUUCAAAGUAAAUUAUUUCAAGAAAAAAUCAGCUUUGCCAAUGCUCUCUUCCAGCUACGGUUUGUGAAAUGAGUUAAUUUAGGUAAUCACAGUUCAGUCCUAGAUUAUUUGCUGAUACGUACUGAAGCACGAGAAAAGGCCAAAUGUAAUCACUUGCUUAAAGAAGUAGUGCAAAUUUUCUGUUCCUGAAGAAAACUUGGCAAUGAAACAACUCACUCUUUCAUUUUCCACAGUUUUGAGAAGAAAAGUGUUAGGAACCGAAAAUGAUAAAAAAAACGGUCCAAAAAGGUUACGAAGCUAUUUGCACUGAUGAUUCGAAAUUAUUUCUUUCAAUUCAACAAACUUGUGGAAGGCUUUCUAGUUAACCUCGAAGAGUAUCUGUUAGGAUUUCCUGUAGAACCGGAAACCGGAAAAAUUAUCAACCAGACACACCAGUCUAAAUUGAGUUCGAGUGAGAAGAAACAACACUGCGAAUGAGAUUAAAUGGAAAGGAUAUUCCUACCUUUGAAAAAAAUGUAAGAGAAUGAAACCAUAAAAGGAGAUGACUAAAUCGAUGGAAACAACAACGCGUCAGAUGUUGCACGGCAGGAGAAAAAAAAGUGGAACUUAAUUAAAUUAGAUUAUCGUGAUGGAGAAAGCUUUGAUGUAGCUGGAGAAUAAGAAAGAAGGAAUCUUGAUUCAGUUUUCCCCUUUAUUGGUGUUUUAUUGAAAGAAAAAUCUUUUUAUUAGAAGGAGAAGUCGGAGGCUUUUGCAAUCUUUUGAAAUCAUCAAAAAGAUAAACGGUUUAUGGUCAGAGAUCAUUUGAUAGCUAAUCACUUAAAUGGACAGUUUUGGAUAGGAAAUUAAUGAAACAUGAAAAUAAAUUUGAAAAAGAGAGAAUAACUAAACGCAGUUUAACAAUUGUCAUACACAUUGGUGCUAAGUAAAAACGAAAUAUCAACUCGAAUAAUAAGAACGAUAUCAACACUAAACGAGAUUUUAUGAAAUAAGUCAGAAAACUCCAUUUCAACGUUUUGUCGUUCAAUUCUUCAAUGUGUUUUAAAUUUAUUUAGAUACAAAGUGUUAAUUGUUUUUGAAUCCAUUUUUUUAGAUGGAACUAUCUGUCUAAACAUAAAAAAAACAAAACAAAGUUGUUUGGCAUGAAUAUUGUUCUCAUCAUACUCUAGUUCUAACUUUGAAAUACUCUAUCGAUUUAACGUCAAACCAUUAGCUUUAUCACCCUCUGCUAGUCCAUUAGACAUCUAAAAGGUAGAAGAAAAGCUUUUACCAAAAAAAAAGUUACCGCAAUGGUUGAAAUGAUUCCACGAAAAAUACCGAACUAAAGAAAAACUUUGAUAUCAGCUUUCUAGAGUAGACGAGAAAGGUAAAACUUUUUAUAGUAGAAUGCCAUCCGCGUAAGGUUCCAUUCCAUGAAAACUGUAAUUUCUACCAAAACCCGACAGAGCACGAAACAUUUUCGUCCAUAAUUAAGACAACAAGUAAGUAAUAACAGGAAUAACAAAAACAGUCAUUAGUAGUGAGCAGCUUCUUUGCAUAUUAAUAGUUAGAUAUUAUUAUACGUUGCAGUACGUUUGCAACCGGCAGACGGAAAAUAUUUUUUGAGAAAAAAAUAUGAAAUCAACGAAAUCAAACACUAAGAGCUUACAGCAAUCAUUUGCGCGAGAAUACCCCCGAAGUGUAGAUGUUUUAGAGCGUUUUUAAGGAGCAGCAGUACAGGAUUGAGUGAAUAAAUAAAUUGCUGCACAUUCAAUCGCCAAAUUUUUACUCGUUUUAGCACUCAUAUGUAGUACAGAUAAUCCAAAUUGAACAAACCAAAAUAAAACAACCACACACUUACGAAUAAAUAUGGUGAACCAU